AGGGCGAACUCGCACGGAGAUUUCAAGAAAUAUACUACGCGCUUUUCAGAAAACCGGCAUCUUGUUAAUGGCUGACAGUCUGAAAGGAUACUCCUUUUCUGUGUUCUCCAAAACUAAAACUUAAGAUUAUUUUCCGUCUCUAUUUAAUGGCGAAUUUUAAUUGCCCUGACGAUGUGCAUGUUAUAAUGCAACUGCCGACAUCGGUGAUAACCGGGCCGCCGCCCGUGUAUGCCCUGCAAGCUGGACCAAGGGAAGAAAUCGUGUGGGUGUCUCACCAAUCCGUUUUGGUGACACCAAUCUCUAGCCCAAUGUCCCCGACUCUGGUUGAGGCCAAGUUUAUUUUCCCGGAGUCCGAGGGUGGUUCCGCGGUCGAAAACAAGACAACGGGAGCCGAGCAUGAUUUGGUCUUGAAGAUGGACCGGGGAGUAGAGAAAAUGGGCCGGCAGCAGGAAGAGGCAGUUGUUGAAAGAACUGAUGAUGUUUGGGCACCAACACACGUCCAACAAUCGGGGGUGAAGUGGUCAGAGUUGACGACAGGUGAAAAGGUGCACCGCAUCAUCGUUGAUUGGAGCAUCAAACCCAUCUCCAUCAUAGCUCUCCUCUAUUUCUUCAUCUGUUCCUUGGACCUGAUGAGUUCUGCCUUCCGUCUCCUCGGUGGCAAAGAAGCGGGAGAGGUUCUUGGAGAGAGCGAGUUGUUGAACAACCCCAUCUGUGGUCUGAUGAUCGGCAUCUUGGCUACCGUCUUGGUUCAGAGCUCAAGUACCUCUACAUCCAUCACUGUAUCCAUCGUUGCUGCUGGAAUUUUGGAAGUUCAACCAGCAAUCUUCAUCAUCAUGGGCGCCAACAUCGGAACCUCUGUAACCAACACCAUCGUCUCUCUGACUCAAUCUGGCGACCGGGACGAGUUCCGACGUGCCUUCGCUGGGGCCACCAUCCACGACAUGUUCAACUGGCUGUCCGUGAUUGUCCUACUACCUCUAGAAGUCUCAACAAGAUACCUGUAUCAUCUGACCAGUGCCAUCGUUAAUGGGUUCAAUAUCAAGGGCACUGGUGGCGCCAAAGUAGAACUGCUGAAGGUGUUGACUAAGCCCUUCUCAAAGCUGUUCAUUAAUAUUGACAGCAAGGUUGUGAGCAAAAUAGCGACUGGGGAGCUGAACGCUACCGAUGCCAAGUUACUCAAAAAAGGUGAGUACUUGUUCAGAUAUAUCGCAGACGCUGGUUUGUCCGAGAGAGCCGUUGGGGGUCUUUUACUUCUCCUGUCCCUCAUCAUGCUAUGUACUUGCCUCGUCUUGAUGGUCAAACUUCUCCACUCCUGUCUCAAAGGACGAAUUGCCGGAAUCAUCCAGAACACCAUAAACUCAGAUCUCCCUGGUCCCUUCAAGCAAUUUACUGGUAUCUUGGCCAUCAUCGUUGGUGCUGGCAUCACCUUCAUCGUGCAGAGUAGUUCCGUCUUCACAUCGGCCAUGACGCCUCUCGUUGGUCUCGGAGUGAUCAAACUAGAGAGGAUGUUCCCACUUACACUUGGCUCAAACAUUGGGACGACCGCCACUGGUCUCCUUGCUGCCCUAGCUAGCUCUGGAGAUAAGCUUGAUAACAGCCUUCAGAUCGCAUUGUGUCACCUGUUCUUCAAUAUAAGUGGUAUCCUUGUCUGGUACCCCGUCCCCUUCAUGCGUAAAGUUCCAAUCCAUCUCGCCAAGAUGCUCGGCAACACAACGGCCAAGUAUCGAUGGUUCGCCAUCUUCUACCUCGUGGUUAUGUUCUUCCUUGUACCCCUUCUUGUCUUUGGGAUGUCACUCAUCAGCAUCUGGCUUCUCAUGGGUGUGGGCGUGCCCUUCGUCCUCAUCAUGACCUUUGUCGCCGUUGUUAACAUCCUCCAAGCUAAGAAGAAGACGCUCCUCCCGAAGACGCUACAGAGCUGGGAGUUCCUGCCUCUUUGGAUGCACUCCUUAUCGCCCAUUGAUAAAAUUAUUACUAAACUCAUGGAAGUUGGUGGCAGUUGCUGCACUUGUAAGAAAGAUGGAAAUGCAUCCCUAAACUCUAGCUCAAGUAGCACCGGACCCUUGAUGGUACGCUUUGACCAGCAGUCAAACAACAGUACAAGAAAUCAAAGUCACAACCAACAGUGCUUCGGCAAAAUCACAACUGUAUGAUAAAAGAUGCCAAUUGGAGACUUUCUGGGACGAUAGAGGGCAGCAGACUUACCGGGUAAAUCCAUUGUUCUCAGAAUUAUGCGCAUG